GCUUAAGGCUUAAAUUAUCUAUUAUAGACCCGGCCUUAAAAAAAUAAUGGCAUCUACCUCGAAGAAUGUCGACGAGAAAAGACAAGAGGGUCCAAUCAGAUGCAUAUUCUUUGCCGAAUUUCAUCACAUAGCGGGCCCUAAAAUUACAUAUCAGGUACCUGAUAAUUUUAUAUCCAAGGAUAUCUUUGACAAUGUCAGUGUUUAUAUCAUACCCAAAGCACAAUUGCAAAGAAGCACUAUUACAAUCACAUUAAAGGACUAUAAAAUUUUAGGAUUUCCUGUAAAGAUUGAUGAUAAAAAAUAUGCAAGAAAUGCAUUUUACUUCAAUUUGUGUUUUGUGUGUGAUGCAAAUGCUCGUACUGUGCACUAUGAACCAGUGGUUAAAAAAAUGUCAGAUUUCUUGAUGGCUUUGGAAAUAGAAAAUUGCUUCUUAUCUGCCUCUGAUGACAAAACCAGGUUAGCAGAGAUGCUUGCACAAGUCAUGCAGGAUUUAAAUCUGCACAAAAUGUGUACAUUAACUGAGGGAACAAUGACAUCUCAUCUGAAAGUAGUGAGAUUAGCACCUGAGCCCAAGCCAGUUCUCGAUCAUCAAGUACCGAUAUUCUUGGAGAGUAGAGAGGCAUUUCAGAGCGAUCAAUGGGAUCUGACAACACAGCAAGUGUUGCCUUAUAUUGAUGGCUUUAAUCAUGUGGCGCGUAUAGCAGCUGCAGCUGAUGUAGAAAAUAAUUUAGUUAAAAGCUGUGUACAAAAUCUUAUAUAUUAUGGAGUUGUGACUCUGAUUCCGAUAUUUCAAUAUAGUAAUGUUUAUGCUAUAACUCCAAAAUUAAAGCAAUUAGGAGACGAUAUAAAAUUACAGGAGAGAUGUAUAGCAUAUGCUUCUAAAUCACCCAGGCAACCUGCGUAUUUUAGAGAUAUAUACCGUAUGUAUUCAAGUAUGACUUAUGGUGUUACCAUGAAGGACUUGUGCCAGCGUCUUAAUCCACAAAACUUAAGAAUAAACGAGAGAAGAUUGGUACAAUUUGGUCUAAUAGAGGGACUUAUUAGAAGAGUAUAUAAUUAUCCUGUACUUCUUCCUGGUGCAGCUAGCAGUGAAGAAGCAAAAAACAAUCCAAUCUAUAAGUAUUUCACAGGCACGUAUAGUCUUGAUGAAAUAUGCUGUAGUACAGGCCAGUCAACUGCACAAAUCGAAGAUAUCAUUGAACGCGAUCCAAAUGUACUAAUAAUACGGAAGUGAUAUAAAACUAACAAAACCUAAAAAUAAAAAAAUAGAAAGUCUACAAAUGUAUUCUCGAUGCCAAAGAAAUUGAAAUUUUCUUUUUAUUUACUAUUUUAUGACUCUUAAAACAUGUACAUUUGAUAUUUGAUAAGUUGAAGAUGAUUUAUUUUUUCAUUACUUCCAAAAAAUGAAUUUUUCUAUUAAACA